AUGGACGACAUCGACUGGAAAGCGCUCUUAUGCGAUGAGGUGGCCGCUUUCCCCGAGCGCGUGGCUAGCGCGGGCAACGCGCAACGCGUCGCCAAGGAACACCCCGAUACACCAAGCCAAGCACUUGCUGACGGAGCCGCUGGGCGGACGCGGGCCGCCUCACCCGAGCCGACCUCCAGAGGAGCACCGCCGUGGCUGCCGCUUUCAGAGUGGUCACCACAUGACCUCAUACCCUGGUCGAGGAAUAGUCGCUUUCGAGCUGUCGAGGCCACAGACAGCGGCAGUGCGGUCGCACCGGCCCGACCAGUGACGCAAGCAACGGCUGUUCCCCAGAGUCCGUGUUCAUUCGGGGGCAUUGAGAGUUUUCUGUGGUAUGUGAGCCCAGAUAUUCCGAAGACGCCGGUGUCUUAUCGGCGUAUGUCGCAGGGCGUGUCGAGUUCGCCGCUCGGCGUAUCGGCAUUUUCACCGACGCUGAGAGCGUGCCUGGGGCAGGCACCCGACAAAGAGUGGCCGGGCUGGUGCACCGAGCAGAUUGAUCGACUCGCUGCGGACAGAGGCGAUACAGUUCUGAACGCGCCGAGCGCUGGAUCGCCAGGACGACGACCACAACCUCGCCGCCCAAUCCGUGGAACAGAGCACCAACCGCUGCAACCCCGCUCUCUGAUGGAUGCGUUGUACGAAGCUUCAGGGGCCCGAGAAAAGCAGACGCUCGGCCGCAGGAACGUCGCAUCCGAGCAACUCACGGUGCGGCAGUGCAUUGCAGCAUCCGUGGCGGAACAGGCAUCGCCGAGCGCCGCGGCGGCAGACACGCCGUCGAGCCCGUACGCUGCACACCCCGAUAUAGAUAUCGGAAUCCUUAUGACCAAUCCAUCGUUUCUGCUGAAGCAUUUCCACCCGUACCACCCGCGACCGCAUGACCAGCAUUUGCAUGGAUCAGGUCCUGCGACCGGUGAGGAUUGCCACCCAGACUCGCCACGUACCUCGGGUCGCUAUGCGCGGAGCAUUGGAUUUCUGACGGCGCAUUUGCUGGGACUGUUUGCUCCGCAGGCCGAAGGAAAAGCAUCGUACGCCGAGCACCAGACGUGCUCGAGCUUAGCGACAGCGUUGAAGGUAGCUCCUCGUCGAAUCUACGACGUCAUCAGCGUGCUCGAGGCGAUCGGCAUUCUCGAGCGAGAAGCGCGCGGCGGUAACUACAAAACACCCUCGAUGCGCAUUCGUUUACGAAGUCUGACCCCGAGCCGACUGCUGAGCGCAGCGACAGGCGCUCGUGCGCAGCGCGCGCAUCUCGAAAGACAACUGGAAGAUCUUGCAAACAUCAGCUCUGAAUUAGACGAUGAUUUGCAUAACCUGCGUUGUCGACUACGAGACCUCCUCCGCCAGCUUCUCUACCGCCCCGGAAGCACCGUGACAUGCGCCCUGGAGACGGCCACGGUUGUGGCUUCGGAGCUCGACGAACGCGGACAUCAGCAUGCGACAUCGAAGAAGCGCUGGUUCCUACUACGCCCGUGCGAUAACAGUGGCUUGACGGGAUUCUGGGCGAGCUCGCACCCGCCGCUGAGCGCAGAGAGGCACAUCGGCACUGGUGAUAGCGCUGCUCUGCAAUGCCGUCUCCGUGUACCGGCAGCCGCGCAACUCAUCCCGGUCCCCGCUAUUGAGGCCACCACACCGGUAUCUGUAGCGUCGGUACGCAAGGCAUCCUAUCGCCGUGACGGGCCUCUCCAGAGCCUGGAUCCAAACCGUUGCCUCGCGGACAUGCGUCCGGUGAAGCGUCAGCGAUACCGCUGA